GCCAGUCAGGAAGCACAGCCACGCCCCCGCCUCCCUCCCUCUCCCCCCCCGCCUCGCCGGCCGGGCUGCUCCAGUCCCCGCUGCCGUUCCACCUCGCUCGCUUAGCAGGUCAAUGAAUAGCCCGCGGCUUGAGGCUGAGGAGCCCGGCUCUGGAAUCGUCCUCGAAUCCCUGCCUAGCAAACAUGCGCCUCUGCACUUUCUCUGAUUCCCCAGCCAGGAACGUAGCUGCUUGAGAAGUUGGAAAAACCAGGAGGACUAACAGGGGUGUGUAAAGCAAUCCGGAGCUACAAACGGAGGAUGGAAAUUCUGUAUGAAUGUGAAAACCAUUAGCGGAGUAAUUGCUGUCUAUUACCAUGACAACCAGCCGCUGCAGUCACCUGCCUGAAGUCUUACCAGACUGCACCAGUUCAGCUGCUCCCCUAGUAAAGACGGUGGAGGAUUGUAGCAGUCUUGUGAAUGGACAGCCGCAGUAUGUCAUGCAAGUUUCAGCCAAGGACGGGCAGCUUCUGUCAACAGUAGUAAGGACUCUUGCCACACAGAGCCCUUUCAAUGACAGGCCAAUAUGCAGGAUCUGUCAUGAAGGCAGCAGUCAGGAAGACCUGCUCUCUCCAUGUGAAUGUAUGGGAACCCUGGGGACUAUUCAUCGCAGCUGCCUGGAGCGUUGGCUGUCCUCUUCGAAUACCAGUUACUGUGAACUCUGCCACUUCAGGUUUGCAGUAGAGCGCAAACCCAGGCCGUUAGUAGAGUGGCUAAGAAACCCAGGCCCACAGCAUGAGAAACGGACUCUGUUUGGAGACAUGGUGUGCUUCUUGUUUAUAACUCCACUGGCGACCAUCUCUGGCUGGUUGUGUCUGCGGGGAGCGGUGGACCAUCUGCACUUUAGUAGUAGGCUAGAAGCUGUUGGCCUCAUUGCACUCACUGUCGCACUCUUCACUAUUUACCUCUUUUGGACACUAGCCCCAUGUAUUCUGCCAUGGAAUUUGCCACGGAAUCCACACCUUGCUGCAGGAUGGUGCUCCAGAAUCUAAGCAUUCAUUUAUAUAAAAAAUAGGCCCAUUUUGAGCUCUUGUGAUAUCCCUCCAAAUGGGAACAGAAUGCAUGAGUUUGGCCGUGCUAGAAGGUGGCUGAACCAAUAUAGCCACCCCCAUGCAGUGCACCCACACUCGUGCUAAAAAACUCCAGUGCAGCCAACAAGCCCUAAGACAACACCAUGUUGCAUCACUGAGGCUGCAGGCAACCUGAAGCAAGCAAUAGCUCUGGGCAACAUUCAUUCCAUUUGUGGUAUUGGCAGCAGUGUUACUGAUACUCGUGAUUGCGGGCCAAUGUGGGAGCUCUCCCAAGAAAACACAUGCAGCUCAGAAAUGUUGCCCAAAAUGUCUGCAGUUUCUCCCUUCUCCCUCAGUGCUGCUCUUUGCAGCAACUCACCAAAGGAAACAGGUAACAUUUCCCUCUGGUAAGUGUGGCUUAAUUCUUCAGUGUGUAAACACACUAGGCUGGAAGCACACUCAAAGUUAGGCAGCAGAGUGUUUUUGUAUUUGAUGCUACCCCUCAGGCUACCUUACAGAGCUUGUAGAUUUCAAAUGAUCACUAAGAUACUUCUGUACUAUACAUCCAAGUCACCUUGAAAGCCCAACUGGGGCCUGAUUUGUUUCUUAAUUUCAGAAAUAUUAGUAGGGGUUGGCUACAGAAUUAGAUUUCAUUAUUCUUGGUGCAUGGACUCCUGGGGGUGCCCAUUAAAUAACUACUACAACAAUUAACUGCAGCUACUAAAAACGACUUGGGUAGGGCUAUUCUUACCAAUAACAUUUAAAAAUCACUUGUUUGUUUUAAAAAAGGGUUUCUCCUUUAGGGGUAUGGAAAGAAGUGUGUGUCUCUCUUUCAAAGUUUGGGUAGGUGCUUAGAUAUUGUGGUGAUGAGCCUGAUAUCAAUACCUAGCUCAAUCAGUUUAACUAAAAUAUACCACCUUCAGUGCACUAUGGCCCCCUAGUUGUAGUUUUUCUACCGGGGGGCGAGGGGGGGAGGAAGAGGGGAGAAAUCUACAUCUAUUUCUACUAUAUUACUCAGGGCAGCAGGCAAAGUAUCUCAGCUUGCAGAACAGCAACCACUCCCAUUUAGGAGGAAGUAAAUUAAGUGGUUAAAAGAAGGAAGCCAAGUAGCCAGGACUGGAAUCUUAUUGCAGCACUGCUACACAGAAGAGUUUGAGCACAUCACUUAGGUGCUGUGUGCCUCAGUUUUCCCCAUCUAGGCUAUGGCUGUAAUGUUUCUGUACCAGACAGGGUGUAAGACAAAUAGUUUUGUAAGGUGGCUUGACAUGCUUAGCUGAAAGGCACUGUCUAUCUGCAAAGCAUUUUAGAAUACUUUUAUUAGCAAGACAGUAAGUUCCUCUGGAAAGGCCAAGAUUUUAAAAGCGACUAUGAUUUUGGCUGCCUAACUAAAGCACCUUAAAAAGGGCUUGACUUUCAGAUGGUAUUGGCCACUCAGCUUCUGAAAAUCAAGCCCAUCUCAAGUGUGUGAAGCUGAAAACACAACACAAAAAUCACAUCACUUUUGAAAAAUCUUGGCCCUAUUAUCUUUAUUCUUGCUACAGAGUACCAUGCACCUCUAUAUAGCACUAUAUUGCAAAUCUUCGUGUUAACAGAAUAAAAAGCACCAUCAGCGGAUCUGAAUCUGAAAGACAGGAACAUAGGAGAAUCUGUACUGCUCUGUUAGAGAGCCAUGGAGGGAAUAUUCUUAUCAGUGCAGGAUAAAGUAUAUGUGCAGCACAGUGAUGCUCCUUGGGAUUCUGGGGGAAAAAAAAUAAAAUUUCAGUUUACUUCCAACAAAUCAGUUUAAUUUUCUCUAUAAUCCAAAACUGGCAUAUGGGUUAUUUACACCACUACACCUCAGUGAACCAGAGCUUAAUGGACUGACAACAGGAGAUACUUUUUUGGUAGAGAGGUUCUUAGGAAUAGGGUAAAAUUGCUUCCUUGCAAAUUUAACAGCCAAAGUGUCCCAGAAAGACUAUUGCUUUUCUUCUGAAUUUAGUCAAUAUCUCUGUGACCUAUACACAAAAAAUGCUUGUGUUCUCGAGUAGGAAGAUCUGCAUCUUGGGUCUGGAAGCCUUCUAUUUAAGCCAAGAAUUUAGGGCCAAAUUCUGCUUUGAUUUACAUCCUGAGUAGUGCCCGACUUCUGUGGGAUUGGAUAGGGAGUAUAUCAGAGUAUUAUUUUAAUCCUCUAGUUUGCAAAACAAUGUAAUUGCUGUUUAAAAAUAUUAAAAGCAAAUGCUUAUCUGAAUGAGUUCACAAGGCACUUAAGUGAGCUUUGAAGCUGGAUUCCCCCAACCCUUGCUAUCCAAGUCCAAAGACAAACAGAUGCUUACUAUGCCAGCGAUUGAUGUAAAAUCAUACAUUUUAUGUAGCACCUCAGGAGUUCCACGUUGAAGUGUUCAGUGAAAAUGGAGAUAUAGGCUAUGUCUCCACUGCAAAAAGCUGUGUUUUUACACUAGAUAAUUGUCAGUGUAAAAUCCUAGUAGAGAGAAGGCAGACAUAGUAGCUAGUUGAGGUAAACCACAGGUGGGGAAAUAUAAGGUUGACCUUGAUUACCUGUACUGAGAUAAACACUGUGUAUGCCUUGUCUCCACUAGGAUUUUUAUAUUGAGAUAGCUAACUCAAGACAGCUUCGAAGGAGACAUUUGCAUCACUUAAAAUAAGUUAUUUAUAUUCCCCAAAUCCUCCUGGCAAUCAGCCCUGGAUGCUUACUUGCAGCUCCUAGAGUAAGGACAUGAGUAGCCUCCUUUGACAGUUACGCAGCCCGUAGACUGAAUGUUUUGCAAGCUCAGUGUAAACAACAGCAGUACCUUCCUACUGUCCCUCCCUCCCCCCAGACUGCAUGUCACCUCCAGAUAUAGUGUCUUCAAUUCACUCCAUAUCUCUUGGAUAGCAGUGAUCUACAGAAGUGGCGCAGUUGCAUAAAAAUCAAUGACAAAUAAAGUGUCUGUCAACAGUACACAGGCAGUUCCCACCCAUGGCUCAAGAGUACUAUAUUAUUGUCAUAUAUUACCAAUACGCUUCACAAAUGAAGGGUCUGAUACCAUUGCCUUCAGUGCUAAAUGCAUAUAAGGUAAUUGUGUGUGCAAAAACUGCCGUCAGCUGGCAGUAUCUACGCCACAAUCACUUCUCUCACUACUGCUAGUGCAUCCAUGAGAGAGAUGGAACACAAUAGCUUUUAACACAAUGUUAUUGCUAAACAUGUAUGUAAAGGCAGGAAGUGAAGUGUUCUGCAUCCAGUUGAAACUGCAGUGGGUCUUUAGAUAAUGUUUGGAAGCCAUACACCCAGUUUGUUGAUAAUUUCUGGCUGAAAAUGGAUAGACACAAAAAUGUGGGCCUUUCCUUCUCUUCUCAGAGGGGACCUCCACUUACCUCUCCUUAUCCCUAGG